UUUAGUUGUACCCAACCAUCAAAGAAGGCCUGAUUGAGGUUUACUCCAGCGUCCUGAGGGCGCAGCUAGCAGAGUCCUCCCCUUUACCCUGUUUCCCGUGCUUCCAAUGUCAACUAAGCCGACACCUGGGUUGAGUGUGAGGCCAAUUCACUGAGACACUGGAGCUGGUCCCUGGCUUUCCUGACCUUGUCUGUGUCUCGCCCCCAAAGAGAUUAGUGUCUAGGUUACCCAAGCCUGUAGCCUCUGCUUAGUGGCCUUGCCACCCCCACAACCCGCAGGUAUAAAGCCAGGUGCCCAAGGUAGGGAAGCCAUCAAGAAUGGAGAGGCUCCAGGGGCUGCUGCUGUGGCUGCUGCUGAGCCCAAGUGUGGUGUGGGCCUCCAGGGGCCCCCUUCGGCCACUGUGCCGGCCUGUCAACGCUACCCUGGCUGCAGAGAAUGAGUUCUGCCCAGUCUGCAUCACCUUCACCACCAGCAUCUGUGCCGGCUACUGUCCUAGCAUGGUUCGAGUACUGCCGACUGCUUUGCCUCCUGUGCCUCAGCCAGUGUGCACCUACCGUGAGCUGCGCUUCGCAUCUGUCCGCCUCCCUGGCUGCCCACCCGGUGUAGACCCCAUAGUCUCCUUUCCUGUGGCCCUCAGCUGCCGCUGUGGGCCCUGCCGUCUCAGUAGCUCUGACUGUGGGGGUCCCAGGACUCAACCAAUGGCCUGUGACCUCCCCCACCUCCCCGGCCUCCUCCUCCUCUGAGGCCCACCCCUUAACUCCCCAUUCUUCUGGAGCUAGCAGGUGUGCUAAGCAUCCCUCCUAAUAAAGGCUUUGCAACUGCA